CAUUCAUGUCAUGUUAAUAAUACACCUUCUAGGAGUAAUCUUCUUCAGCUCCUAAAAAACGGACAUUUAUUUUGAAAAGCUCAAACGGAGCUUUGUUUGUUUUUAGCAUUACAGCUCUGCUAACUGAAGGCAAACAAUUGAAUCGAAUAAUUUGUGAAUAUUUACUACUGCUUACAGCAGCCAUGAACCAGACAUUAGGUAAUACGGCGGAAAUUCUUCCGCACAAGUAUUUGGAGAGGAGAAAACAGGAGCCGCAUUCAGGAGACAGAUCAAGGAUUACUGGUGAAGCAAAGCAGAGCCUUUUUUUGGCCCACAAGUCUAAACAGUCAAGGAAAGAGCUGAACAUGUACAGUGAAGCUUUACAUGAGUUGUUCAAAGCUGUCACUGACCAUCCAAACCAGUUUAAAAGUGACUGUAGUCUGCACAGUAGCAAUGGUGACCUGAGUGUCACCUCUACAGAAGCACCGCUUCAGGACUCUCAGCUGCUGUUCACAGAAACAGAUGUGACAUUGCCUUCCCACCUGGGUGAUAGUUUUGAAUUCCAGGAACCUGAUAAACAAAGAGAGUUGAAGCGGGCUGGACAAAGUCCUGAUUCAUGUGGCCCCUCCUCAUUAUUUGGUAAAGUUUACAGAGAAAUGAUGAGCGUAUACAGACAGCUGAAGGCCGAACGAAACAAUCAGCAACGGUGGGAACGGGAGUUGCAGGAACGAGAAAAGAGGCUGAAACAACAAGAGGAGGCUUUUGAAAAGCUGGCAGGGGUGGAAGAAAUGGUUAAUGCCCAGAUUCUGGACAUUGAGAAGAAACAACAAGAAGAACUAAGCCAGCUGCGAGAUCUUCUUCGAGAGAAGAGCAAAGAGAACAAAAGACUCAAAUCCAGCUUUGACACCGUUAAGGAGCUAAAUGACAACAUGAGGAAACAGCUGAAUGAGAUCAGUGAACAAAAACAGAAACUGGAGAUCCAGUCCAAGAGGUUGCAAGCUCGUCUCGAGAACCUGCAGAGAAAAUAUGAGCAUUGCACAACAAUAAGAGGCUGUCAGAAUGGAAGUGGUAACAGAACAGAAUGUGUUAAACCUCACAUUAAGGAGAAAACUGCUGUAUCUGGAAAAUCCACCAACAAGGCAAGCCCAUUUCCCAUCCAGUUAAAACUCUUGGAGGUUUUAUUGGAAUGGGUACUUGACGGACAGAUGUUUUCAUCAGUGGCAGGAAAUGAAGUGAACCCUUUAGGCCAGGGUUUGCCUCCGGAGAUUCUGCUAAAUGAAAAAUGUCUCAAGGUGCUGCCGUUAUUAGCUGACCAGCUCAGUUAUACGCCUUUGUCAGAGCCAACCCUUCUACUCAACUUGCUGCGCUUCAUUUAUUGGACUUUAAGACACUUUGAGAGUAGGAAACAGCAUGUGUCCCCUUCAUUCACUCUGCGGCGAAUUGGAGAGGCARUGUUGAAGCUUUCUGCUCCAUCAACAGUGUUGCAAUCCAAAAAUCUGGACUUGCCUGUGUCCACCAUCGAAGCUACUGGACCGUUCAGACAUUUAUCCCUUUCUCCAAACCCUUACUCUCACAUUUGGAUUCUUUCCAACCUCAUUAUUCUUUGCACAGUCACACAAGCUGAUGUGUUGACCCAGGCAGUUGACAGUCUUUGUACUGAACUUAAAUGUGAGGAGAAUCGAGGCCUCUACAUUCAGUAUGGAGGAGUACAUGUGCUGCUUUCGGUGCUUCGGUCCAGCCGGGUCGGCCUUCGCGCCCCCAUAGAGAUCCUGAUGCAGCUUACCGAGCAGUCUCGCUACCUAAAUCCAUUUCUAGAGGCAUGUAGCUGUGAGGAGUUUUUCACAACUGCUUCUCAGCUCCUUAAAAACCCUCGCAUGGAGCUGCCUUCACUUGAGAAGCUUUYCGUCCUUCUGCAGAAGCUCUCCGGCAUCAGGAAAAACCGUACCCUGUUUGAACGCUCAUUCCUCCACCUCCAGCUACAAGAACUUCAUCACAAAACCGACCCGGGACACAUAUUCCUCCACCUCAACCUCAGAUCCAUCCUUCACAACCUUAAAUAAAACCAUGCAUCACAGUGACUUUACAGUCUCUGAAAGCACAUUGUUUUUUUAAUUAGUUUUUGUAAUGUAAAUGCGGUUUUAACGAGAAUGUGAACUAAUUACUAAGGCAGCAACUUCUUGCCUUUUUACCGCAAAUAAAAUUUGCACACACAUUUUUCAUUAAGUGAGCGAUUUUUAGUUUUGUUUUCUGUAUAACUGAAGUAUGUUUUGUUUUGCACUUGAUGACUCAAGUUUUUGUCGUCCGUGUUGAUUAUCUGAUUUUCUGUUAUUAAAUUCUCUUUAAAAAAAAAAGAAAAAAAA